AUGUUCCUCCUCUUGGCUUUUCUAGGGCUGGGAGCUCUCUACCUCUACCAUGUCAACCGUGUGAUGAAGGCGGUGCCAGAGGAGGUGCAACGCUUAUCCCCCCAUCGCUGGACCAUCGACGAAAUCCACGCGGCCUACAAAAAGAAUCUGGAAACUCCAAUCGACGUGACCAAGAGCCUUCCACCGAAACAAUCGCGCCGAUAUGUGCUCGUGGGCGGGACUGGUCUGGUCGGCCACUGGAUUGUGUCGCAUCUCCUGGCGCGAGGCGAAGAUCCCGCCGCGCUGCGAAUCCUGGACCUCUUGGCACCCGAGCAAGAGAUUCUUGACCAGGGCGUGGUCUACACCAAAACCAAUAUCACCGACGAGCUGGCCGUCAGCACGGCCUUUGAGGAGCCGUGGCCUGCGGCCGUCGCGACACGGCCCCUGACGGUGUUCCACACCGCGGCGAGCAUCAGCGCCUCGGAGCGUUUCAAGAUCUUUCUGCCGCUGCGCAGCAAGGUCAACAUCGAUGGUACGAGGAAUGUGGUUAACGCUGCGAAGAAAGCUGGCGCAACCUGUUUGAUUGCGACCUCGUCGGGCUCCAUCGCUAUUCAUCGCUCGUCGUUCUGGGUUGCCCCGUGGUCCAAGACCAUUAAGCGCCCGGUGCAGAUUCUCCACGAUGGAACUCCGCUGCCCCAACGUCACGACGAGGCCUUUAGCAACUAUGCUGUCACGAAGGUCGAGGCUGAGCGCAUUGUCCGGUCGGCGGAUGAUGCGGCGGCCAACUUUCGCACGGGGUGCAUCCGCCCGACGAACGGGGUUUAUGGAAUUGGCAGCGAUGUCAGCGCGACCGUCACGGGCGCGUACCUUCGCCGUGGCGGCAGUCCAACAUGGGUCCGACCCAUGAUCCAAAGCUUCGUCAACGCCGAGAACGUCUCAAUCGCCCACCUCUUCUACGAGAAAUGCCUCCUAGAACAGAGCCAGCCGGGCUCCACACUCCCCAACACUGGCGGGCAAGCCUUCACAGUAACAGACCCCAACCCAGCAAUUGCCUUCGACGACAUCUACACACUGCAAACGACGCUAUCCAAGACGCCGAUUUCGUUCCCGAACGUGCCCGCUUUGCCGAUACUACUGCUCUCGCACUUGAUCGAGCUCUACGCCCUCGUGCAGUACCGCUACCUGCCGGAACUGCUGCCGCGGCUCUCGCCCGACCUGGCCCAGCUGCAACCCGCGCUGUUCUCCAUUGCCAGCAUCCAUUGCAUUGCGGAUGACUCACGCGCGCGCAAGUCACCGCAGUUGGGUGGGCUUGGGUAUAGCGCGCCGCUGACUACGCUGGAUGCCAUGUGCAAGGAGCUUAUUGAGUGGAAUCGUAGGGCGGAGGCGAAGCGUGUUGCUGUUGCUGGGAAGGUUGGGCCUGUGUCUGUUUCGGAAGAAGGGGUUGGUGUUAAUCUUGUGUCGCCGGAGAAGAAGUUGUAG